CGGCACUGAACUAUUGUCAAUGCCAAGGUGGCUGUCAUAAUAGAAAAUUCGAAAAAUGUUCAGUGGAAAGCUGCUAUUUUCGGUUUUUAAUACUGCCCUUAAAAGUUAUUCGUCCAAAGUAGUCAAUAUAGGAAAUUCCAAAACAUUUGUUUAUAAUGUAAUAAAUUCUAAAUAUUUCUCAACAGAGGUGAACGUCGUAACUUUUGAAGACAUAAAAAAAAUUAAACCUGAAGAAAAUGUUGUGUUGAUUGAUGUACGGGAACCACUGGAAUUAAAGGAGACGGGAGUAAUACCUGGAAGCAUAAAUAUACCUUUAGGAGAGGUGGAAGUGGCUUUUACGCAAACCACUGAUCAGGUUUUUCUUAAAAAGUAUGGUAAACCUAAACCAGCACCUAGCGAUCCCAUUAUUUUUUCCUGUAAAGCGGGAAUCAGAAGUGCCAAAGCCCAAACGAUUGUUCAAAAUAUGGGAUACUUAAAUGUAAAAAAUUAUUUGGGAGGUUGGAUUGACUGGGAUACUAAUAAAAAAUGAUCCAACCAAUAAAAUAAUUGGAUUUAUUUUUAAAAUUAUGGUGGGAUUUAUCAGUGUUAACAAUUAUAAUUAUAUUUGUUAUUAAUAAACAACAAAUUUUGUUUUAGU